AUGGAGUGGCGCCUGACUCUGGCGGUGUUUGCAGUGUGUGUGGGCUCUGUGUUCGGCGUUGGACAAGUGGACUUGAACAGAGCACUCAUGCAGAGGGACUAUGGGGUCAAACUGUGUGGAAGAGAGUUCAUCAGAGCUGUCAUCUUUACCUGCGGAGGGUCCCGGUGGAGACGCGCCCCUAUUGACGAGUUUGAAACCCAGUGGGCGAUCCAGGGGGAUGUGACGGAGGAGGAGGAGCAGCAGAGCUUACCUCACGUGACUGACCUGGCUGACACUCGUAUCCCCUCCCAGUCUCUGGUAGAUCUGUUGGCGAUUUAUGGAGCUUUAGGAGAGAGGCAGUCUCAGUAUCAACAACAGUUCCUCACAGAGCCUAAGCCGCUGGAGAAACCACAAUCCUCCUUGUUUUUAGGGGAGCAGGUGAUGAAUUCAAUGACAGAUAAUUGGUCCAUGUCCAACAAGAAGAAGAGGAACUUUUCUCAGGGUGUGGCUGGAAUCUGUUGUAGCCAAGGAUGCACAAAGCAUGACAUUGGGCGAUUGUGUUGA